AAAUAAGAACUUGCAGUGUCUAAAAAGUAAAAAAAUAAGUAAAUAAAUAAUAGCAAUAAAAAACAGAACAUUACUUGCUUUAAGCAUAAACUGACUUUGCAAAGACAAGGGUUUGAAUUUUAUUCCAAAAAGUUGUAAAACUCAUACGAUAAUUUAAUAUAAAUUAUGGAAGUUCUAGUAUUUGGGACAAUUAAAGCAAAAACAUCGCAACAUACACCAGUAUUAUAGCAUGUUUUACAAAAGGUUACACGUUAAAGCAAGGUUCAGAAGAAGUAACUCAGUUAGCAGUAUCUGAGUGUGUCUAAUGCCAGAGAUUUUGUUGAAACGUUCUUUGAGAAAAAUCAGUCUGUUCUACUACUCACAACUCAUCAUCAGAUCUACAACAAAAGAUUAUACUGCCCUCUUCCGGCCGUCCAAUCCUAAUUGAGUCUGCCACAUGUUGCUGAGGUCUUUUCAAGGGAAACUCUUGCUCACCAUCGAGCACAGACAGAGCAUUACUUACAUCCUUCUUUACAUCAUCCACAUUUUUGUGCAUUAACAGCAAUAUCAACGUUUACUACUGGCAAGAAAUAAAAAUGUCAAGCAAAGCACUGCAUGACUUGACUGUGAAAUUUAACAUGUGAUAGUUUGAAGUUAAAUCUCCAGUGAUUUAAUAUUGAAGUCUCCAGAGCUAAAUAUUUGAGUCUAAAAGCUCUUACUCUGAAUUUUAUUUUCACUUUUAGUCUGAAAGGUCGCUUCCAUAUGUUCCUGUUGACGUCACAGACGUUGAAGUAAAACGUCAUUACGUUUUAAUCGUGUUUUGAGCGCGGGAGCUUUGAGGAAAUUUGCUGACAUCAGGCAGAAAACGUUGCAGAUGUCAUGGCGAUGAGAGGAGAAACGAGAGCGGAGGUAGAGACGGAGGAGGAGGAGAACUACGGCCCACAGCCUCUCUCCAGACUGGAGCAUUGUGGAAUUAGUGCCAGCGACAUCAAGAAGCUGGAGGAUGCAGGGUUCCACACCAUAGAAGCAGUGGCUUAUGCACCCAAGAAAGAGCUGCUCAACAUCAAAGGCAUCAGUGAAGCCAAAGCAGACAAAGUUUUAGCAGAAGCAGCCAAGCUGGUGCCAAUGGGCUUCACUACCGCUACCGAGUUCCAUCAAAGGAGAGCAGAGAUCAUCCAGAUCUCCACAGGCUCCAAGGAGCUGGACAAAUUACUGCAGGGUGGGAUCGAGACAGGCUCCAUCACAGAGAUGUUUGGAGAGUUUCGGACCGGAAAGACCCAGCUGUGUCACACACUGGCCGUUACCUGUCAGCUGCCUAUUGAUCAGGGAGGUGGAGAAGGGAAAGCAAUGUACAUCGACACAGAAGGAACCUUCAGACCUGAGAGACUGCUGGCUGUAGCUGAAAGGUAUGGGCUAGUGGGCAGUGAUGUGUUGGACAAUGUGGCCUAUGCUCGAGCCUUCAACACAGACCACCAGACUCAGCUGCUGUAUCAAGCCUCUGCCAUGAUGGCUGAGUCCAGGUCAGCGGUGGUUUCAGUUACAUCUGAACUAUGUGGAUCUGGUAUUUUCUCCAGGUAUGCCCUGCUUAUUGUGGACAGCGCCACUGCGUUGUACAGGACAGACUAUUCAGGCAGAGGGGAGCUGUCGGCCAGGCAGGGGCAUCUGGGGCGGUUCCUCCGCAUGCUGCUCCGGUUAGCAGAUGAGUUUGGGGUUGCCGUGGUAAUAACUAACCAAGUGGUGGCGCAGGUCGAUGGGGCAGCCAUGUUUUCAGCAGAUCCCAAGAAACCAAUUGGUGGCAACAUUUUGGCUCAUGCUUCCACCACAAGGCUGUACCUGAGGAAAGGCCGAGGAGAAACCAGGAUCUGUAAAAUCUACGAUUCCCCCUGCCUGCCGGAGGCUGAAGCCAUGUUUGCAAUCAAUGCAGAUGGUGUUGGAGAUGCCAAGGACUGAGCAUUCCUGGGCCAGCAGGGGGCUGCAGUGAGCUCAGGAAGAGCUAGAGUGAAGAGUUCUCAUGGUUGGUUGACUGUUCAUCACAGUCAAUAAAUGUCUCCUGCCUGGACAUCAGGUCAUAUUGGAUCUAAACACUCCUCAAUUACAUGAUGAGUAUCAGCAACAAGACCUUCAUGGAGUACUGACAAUAUAACCUGGGAAACCUGAACAAAUGACUAAUGGACAAUAUUUGUCUAAAGAUUUUUCUGAGGCUUGUGUGUCCAAGUUUAGCCUAAGGCAGAAAUUUUAUUUAAAAUGUUUUUGUCCUUAAGCUGUUAUGUCUAUAUUCCCUUCAUGACUAAAUUUCUGAAUUCUUAGAGCAGUGUGUUAAGGGAUCCUUUAAUAAACUGGUAACUCAUUCAGAA